AUGGAACAAUGCAUGUUCACGGAUGCAGAACUACGAGUGGCACAAGAGCGGCGGCUGAAACACCAAGGAACGGCGAAGAUCAGCCUGGACCAGAUUUCUCUGGCCCCGGAAUAUGAUGAAAAGAACGUGAAGAGAUUAUACGAAUUGUUCAGUCGGGAUGAUUGUGACCGGCUUAAUAUUCGAAACCAUGUCACUGCCAUCGUCUCCGAGCAGCAUUUGCAGAGCGCCUGCCGUGCAGCGCAGACCAACUCCCAUGAAUUGAUGACUAACCAGCCUGGCAGCUACCCCCACCUGCAGUUCGCAACGGGGCAGGUCCACUGCCUCCACGGCCAACACCGUCUCCGUGCGGGCCAGCAGUUCCUCCCGCCGAGCGAUCAAUGGUGGACGGUGGAUCUUUAUCUGGAUGAUAUCGGCUCCGAGCUGCGGACGGCGCUCGCGGACGAGUAUUCUAAUGAACGGCAGCCUAGCGAUGGCGAAGUCUACCGGAAGAUCCGUCAGUACCAAUAUGAGGGCUGUCCCCGGUUCGUGGACCGGUGGAUGUCUCGGCUUAGCCCAAACAAGAGAAAGCGACUCAAACAACUCUCGUCCGAUGGCAAUAAAUAUAUCCGUGCGGCUUUUGAUGCGCUGCUGCCCAUCCCCGGCCUCUGGGAUGGGAUGAGUAUCGGCUCCCUGCACCGGCUGCUUGCCAUGAACUGCGACGAGGAAAUCAUCCACUAUCUUACACACGUGAAGGACUUCUGGUCCUCUCUAGUGAACGGUGAUCGCACGCAGAUGAUGAAGAUUGACGGGCAUACGGUGGAACAGCUUGAGCUCUUAGUCCCAGCAGCCGAAUCUACAGCAAUUAAGGGCAUGAUCCUUAGCGGCCAGGUUUUCGGUGCAUUUCAGAAACCUCAACAGAAAGCCAUCUGGAGGCGGUUACGAGGCCAGAACUGUCUGAUCCCUUCACUCCACACCUUCUUCCGAGACCUUUGGUAUCUGGAGGCGUGUGCCCACUGCGUGAAACGACUUGUUGUCGUCAACAAACAUCAGCCCACGAUCCGCCGCGCAAUAAGGGAUAUUUUUCGACCUUCUAACCAUGGCGAUGGUGAAUGCGUGAUCCAAACGUCCGAAACCCAAUUUGACCGCCGAUCUGGAACGUUAGGCGAACGGGCCGACUUUGCAUAUCGGCAAGUCUGGUUGUACGCUAUGCGUCAUUACCCGCGAAUGGCCAAGGAGUCGGAAAGCGGCGAUCUUCUGGCAAAAGCGAGUUGCGAAAAGGCAGAUGAAGAGGUCCUGUACCGGCUGGCCGCCCUUGCCCGGCGAUUGGGGUAUGAUUCUCCCCGGAUCGCGAAGCUUAUGGAGCAAUCUCCCGAUCGCCAGAUCGCCCGGGCGGCCUUAUUGAAAGCACGGAAACCGGACCGAUAUCGAUAUCAUAACGGUAUGGUCGAGUCUCUGAUUGAUCGUAUCGUGGGAUGUUUUGCGGAGGCUGUUCCUAUCGAGCCGUAA